GUUUGAAUCUUUGUGUACAGGUCAAAGGUUACGACGACGUGGAGGCGCGACGCCAGACAAGAUACGCAAACAAGACGUGAAGAUUUGCUCCUCUCUUUGCCCUUCUUAAAGACAUAGUUAUGGCAUUCUUUACCGAUUAUGAACACCAGUUCCAACCAGUACCGGAGGACGGGAAAGUGGAGACGGGGCCGUUUCUUUUGGCUAGUUUAAGACUAUUGCCUUUCUUUGAUAUGUUGGGACCAACAACAUUUUCAUUUGCUAAGGCUGAUGUCAGUGGGAAUAUAGAGAAAGUUAAGAAGAAGUAUGAGACUGACAAGGAGAAGUACAAGACACUGACAGACAUAGUAGAACAGGAGCUAGCAGAAAAUGGAGGAAAACCUGACUAUGCAAUCGAUGCCCUGCUGUGGUUGAAAAGGGGUUUAGAAUAUGUACAUGAAAUGGUGAAAAACGUCAUUGUGUCAGAGAGAGAGGGAAACAACAUCUGCCCCAGUAUCCAGAAGGCAUAUAAGGACACUAUCAAGAAGUUCCACCCAUGGAUGUUGCAGAAAGUCAUCAAUCUUGCUAUCAAAGCAGUGCCUUACCGGUCAGACUUCCUGCAGGCAGUGGGGGGGAACAAGCCUGGACAGUCCGAGGAGCAGAUCAUCGAAGACCUGAAGGUGUUUGCGGGCAAACUUGGAGAAAAUCUCCUGGCCAUCAACGAUCUACUACAAAGGACAGGACAAGAUCCGGACAAAAAGACAUGAAGUGCCAGUCGGUCUUCAAGUAUUUUCUUAAAACUCAUAGUUUGUCCAUUAAUGCUGGCCUUACAGCUGGUCACCUCAAAGUUGGGAAAACACUUGGAAUUUAUGAAGACAAGUAGAGUAUAAGCAUCAUAUUUUGUGUGCAUGAAUCUGGUGUAUUACACCAAAAGGUAGUUAAUAUGCUGUUUUUACAUUCAUUUACAUUUUACAGAAUAAUAUAGAAGGUAUAGUAAAAUUUUGGAAGGAUGAUACAUGGUGUUUUUAUCUUAAAGUUUGUGAAAUGAUGGGGGGUUUUCAAGUGAUGAUUUUGCACGUAAAAUUGGAUUUUAA